GUAAAAAAAUCAAUGAUUAGACUACGUACCACUCGCUGUUAUAUAUUUUCAAUAAUAUUAUAUGGAGCUGAGACUUGUACUUUAAAAAAAUGCAAUUUAAAAAUAAUCGCGGCUUUCGAACUCUGGUUAUACCGCAGAGUAUUAAAAAUAUCAUGGACUGAUAGAAUUACAAAUAAAGAUGUACUGGGGAGGGUUGGUAAAGAAACAGAACUAAUCACCAGUAUACAAACCAGAAACCUGGAAUAACUAGGCCACGUGAUAACGGGACCAAAAUAUGAAAUUGUGAGACUCAUAAUACAGG